GCCAACAUCCUCGAUCGAUCCUGGCAUCCGGAUUCUUCCAAGCUCUUCGAUCGGAUUUGCGAUGCAUCCGCGACAGGACUCGUCGGAUCGUUAUAUUUUUCUUCUAUCCUUCGAACCAAGCAAGGCGAUUGGCUAGGAUCGACCCACGGCGGGGGUGUAGGGCGUCGCGUCGGUCGUUCUCAGUGGUUAGCAACUAUCGGUCCAAUAACUCUGCCCUCGAUCCGAGCAAGAAACCAUUGA